UCAGGCAGCUUCAACGAAUACUGCCCAACUUUCCGCUAUUCUGCGCCGGGUGCACACUAUUACUCCCCCAUCUCUGCCCCUCUCUCUCUCUCUCUCUUGGCCUGUAGCUUUCUCGGUUGCGUAUACACACUGCCUUUUAGCUGUGAAGAUUGAGAGGCUCUCCCACACUCACAUUCACACUCGCAGUGGUUACUAACCAUUCGUCAUCUGCAGAGACACCUUUACUAUUUUUUAAGAGCCACAUUUGCUUACUUUGUCAGUGGAUCUCUCUUUCGGAGCACUUCAUUCGCUACCAAUCAACCGACUUUCAUUCAUCUCCAUCUCCUGCUAGAGAAGGAUCCCAUUACCAUGGAUUUGACUACAUUCCACUACUGGUCUUCACUGCUUUUCAUCUCGGUAGUAGGCAUUGUUGUGUUUCCUGCAAUGGUGGCUUCAAUUGGGGUAAACUACGGCCAAAUAGCCAACAAUCUGCCGUUACCACAAAACGUAGUGCCGCUUGUCAAAUCAAUUGGAGCCACAAAGGUGAAGCUGUACGACGCAGAUCCACGGGUGCUCAAAGCAUUUGCCAACUCCGGCGUGGAAUUCAUGGUGGGUCUGGGGAACGAGUACUUGGCGAAGAUGAAGGACCCGGACAAGGCCCAAGCUUGGGUCAAGACCAACGUCCAGGCCUUCCUCCCCGCGACGAAAAUCACCGCCAUCUUUGUCGGCAACGAAGUCCUCACUUUCAACGACAGUUCCCUCACGGGAAACCUCCUUCCGGCGAUGCAGAACGUGCACACUGCGCUCGUGAACCUGGGUUUGGACAAGCAAGUGAGCGUGACCACCGCACACUCGUUGGCCAUUCUGGAGACCUCGUACCCACCAUCCGCCGGAGCUUUUCGCCGGGAUCUGGUAAACUGUAUAGCUCCCAUCCUCAAUUUCCACUCCAAGACCUGCUCGCCAUUCUUGAUUAACGCCUACCCUUUCUUCGCCUACAAAGCGAGUCCCAAGCAGAUCCCGCUAGAAUUCGUGCUGUUCGAGCAAAACGCAGGUGUGGUGGACCCUUCCACGAGCCUCCACUACGACAACAUGCUGUUCGCCCAGAUUGACGCGGUGUACGCGGCGCUGGGUGCCUUGGGGUACAAGAAGCUGCCGGUGCACCUAUCGGAGACGGGGUGGCCGUCGAGAGGGGACGGGGACGAGGCCGGCGCCUCCCCGGAGAACGCCAAGAAGUACAAUGGGAAUCUCAUUAAGCUGAUGACGGAGCCGAAGAAGAAGGGCACGCCCAUGAGGCCCAGCUCGGAGCUGAACAUCUACGUCUUCGCUUUGUUCAACGAGAACAUGAAGCCUGGUCCUACUUCGGAGAGGAACUACGGCUUGUUUAAGCCCGAUGGGACGCCCGCGUACUCGCUUGGGAUUGCCAUGAACGACGGUUCUAGCAAUGCUACCACUUUUGGUGGCUCUUCUCCUGGGACUUCCGGUACCCAACCCUCCACGCCGGCGAGUUCUUCUACCGGUUAUUUGUCCAUUUCUUCUUCUUCUUCUAUGGAAAGAUGGCAAUUGGGUAUUGGCCCGCUAUUCUUUUUCUUCGUGUAUAUGAUGAUGCAAUUGGUUGUCUAUUAAAGUGGGACGAGCGGGGAGCGUUGGAUAUUGCUUUCAACCGCCUAGUAUGCUGCUAGAAAAAAGGAGGAGAGCCGUUAAAAGCAAGAGAAUAAAACAAGACAGAGAGGCAGCUUCGGACUUAGGAAAAGGUCUCAAAAAUCCUGCCUUGUUUUCUUUGCUUGUACGCGACUAUGUUCUGGGAAUCAUCAUCUUCAUCAAAGUUCAAACCAAAGUGCUGACAUGAAAAUUCCCCAAUGGAGGGGGGGGAGCCUACACAGAAAAGCCUGAUGCAAUCGGGCCCUUUUACCACCCCCCCCCCCCCCACUUUAACAUUUUCUUUGAUUUGAUCAAUAAUGGAGUGUAGGGUAGCGUAGGGUUGAUCGAGGAUUGUGGUUGGAUCAUUUGGUGGUGGUCUGUACUUUUUCCUCUUUUUCGUUGGCACUGAGCUGUAGCUUUCUCCGCUUUCUUUUUUGUUGUUGUUGCAGGCGGAUCUGUCUCGGUAUAACAAUUAUUUUAAGGCGUUAGGCAAUGGUUGUUGAUGAAGAGUUUGGUAGGUUUAAAGAGAUGGACCGCAUUUUAUAGAAUAGCCUUAGCUUAUAUUAUUCAAAAGAUGUUUGUUGUGUCCUUUUCCA